CAUGAUAGGAACGACAGAAUAACUUUUGCGCGUAAACCUUCAGAGAAUCCAAUUCCAUUUACUUUACUUUUCCUCAGUCCAGUUCAUAUUUAAAUAAUACAAAUUACCACAAACAUUCAAGCAUAGGAAAUAAAGCUUUCCACAUUUCUCAAGUAUCCAUUGCUAUAUAUACAGAUUACAGAGAUCCUUUCUUUCAAUUAUUUGGUGGCUUGACCGGUUUGUGUUGAUCGUUAACUUUCUAGCAGAGGUAUUGAUCAUUUUUGUAAGAUUUUGUUAACUUUAACAACCAGGACAACUCCUUCAAAUGUCUUUCUCCAAAUCAGUAUGCAAAUACUUUCCUCUGGAUCUAAUUUUCACUUUGUGAUGGGUUGUUUGCUCCUUCAAUAAUUUUUUUUUCAGGUUGCGGAUAAAAUAGAACAUUUUUUUAUCCGUUGGAAUCAUAGACAUGUAUCGGACUUUACAAUAACUCACAUAUUCUGAUCAACCAACUGAGUUAAAGUCCCUCAAUAACAAAACAUACUUAUUUGUGUUGAGGGGGGAUCAGCACCAUUAAGACAGUUUUUGCUCUUGUUUCAGUCCAAUUGAUGGCAUCCUCAUCUUCUUGUCAUGUUACUGAAAUAAAACAUGAUGUCUUUAUCAGCUUUAGAGGUACAGACGUCCGCAAAGGUCUGCUUAGCCAUUUGAAAACCGAAUUGCGCCGCAGACAGAUUGAUGCCUAUGUGGAUGAGAGACUUGACAGAGGAGAUGAAAUAUCAUCCUCACUUCUCAGAGCAAUUGAAGAAUCACAAAUUUCAUUGGUCAUAUUCUCAAAAGACUAUGCUUCAUCACAGUGGUGCUUGGAAGAGCUUGCCAAAAUGAUUGAAUCCAUGGAAAUAAAUAAACAGAUUGUACUACCUGUUUUCUUCAAUGUAGAUCCAUCACAUGUGCGGCACCAAUGUGGAGAUUAUGGAGAUGCUUUAGCUAAACAUGAAGAAAAACUCAAGGAAAACAUGCUCAAGGUAAAGACCUGGAGAUCUGCUAUGAAAAAAGCGGCUGAUUUAUCAGGGUUUCAUUACCCAACCAAUUUUGAGGAUGAAUCAGAUCUUGUCCAUGGAAUCGUCGAAGACAUUUGGGAAAAAUUGAGCAAGUUUUGCCCACGUGAAUCAAAUGGUCUUGUUGGAAUUGAUCAAAACAUUGCACGGAUUCAGUCCUUAUUGUUAAUGGAAUCAAGUGAAGUUCUUUUUGUUGGAAUUUGGGGCAUGGGUGGCAUAGGUAAGACAACCAUUGCCCGUGCUGUUUUUGAUAAAUUUUCUUCUCAAUACGAUGGUUUAUGCUUCUUGAAUGUAAAAGAAGAGUUGGAACAACAUGGAUUGAGUCUUUUACGAGAGAAACUUAUAUCUGAACUAUUUGAGGGAGAAGGACUCCAUACAAGUGGCACAAGCAAAGCAAGAUUCUUGAAUUCUUCUAUCAGAAGGAUGGGUCGGAAAAAAGUUCUGGUUGUGCUCGAUGAUGUAAAUACUUCUGAACAAAUAAAAGAUCUUGUUGGCGAACCAACUUGCUUUGGUGCAGGGAGUAGAGUGAUCAUAACAAGUAGAGAUCAGAAUGUGCUUACGAGUGGGGGUGUUCACCAAAUUCAUGAGGUCAAGGAAAUGGACUCGCGAGAUUCCCUCAAACUCUUUUGCUUAAAUGCCUUCAAUGAAAGCCAACCUAAAAUGGGAUAUGAAAAACUAACUGAAGAGGUAGUUAAAAUAGCCCAGGGCAUUCCUUUAGCUUUAAGAGUUUUAGGUGCAGAUUUCCGUUCCAGAAGCACUAUAGACAUGUGGGAGUCUGCAUUAAGCAAAAUCAAGAAGUAUCCCAACAAGAAAAUUCAGAGUGUGUUACGAUUCAGUUUUGAUGGACUGGAAGAAUUAGAGAAAAAGGCAUUUCUAGAUAUUGCAUUCUUUUUCGAAGAAGACAGCAAAGACUACGUUAUUACGCAACUGGAUGCUUGGGGAUUUUAUGGUGCUGUAGGGAUAGAGGUUCUCCAACGAAAAGCUCUGAUAACAAUUUCAAAAGACAACAGAAUACAAAUGCAUGACUUGACACGACAAAUGGGUUGCGAAAUAGUUCGUCAAGAAUCUAUUACCAAUCCAGGAAGACGCAGCCGAUUGCGGGAUAUUGAGGAAGUAUACAAUGUAUUGAGACAUGAGCAGGGAACUGAUGAGGUGGAAGCCAUGCAAAUAGAUGUGUCUCAAGCUAUAGAUUUACGUCUGGAAUUAAGCACUUUUAAGAAGUUCUCAAACUUUAAAAAGAUGCCUCGUCUAAGAUUUCUAAAAUUUUAUCUCCCACUGGAUCCUGAGACUGAGCGUUCAUUGAUGCCGCCAAGCCACGAUGGAAACUUUUGGUAUUUAGGAUGUCAAGUUCCGUUGCUAUUAUCUGUAGGAUGCAAAGAACUCAUGACAGUUGCAAGCGAGAUUCACGUAAAAUGUGUCUACUACCAUUUUAUUGAUGGCUGCUCAGAUCCUUCACGACUGAACGAACUUUUAGAAACAUCAACAAACUUUGGAUGCUAUGCAGUGGAAACAUUAUUGAGGUUAUCCAUGACGUUGAACGCAUCCACUGGGCACCUCAGGAAUCUUGAAAGCUCAGAUAUGCUUGAUCAACAAUUUUUGACUAUGCCUGAUGAGCUAAUUUGCUUGAGAUCUACGUAUUAUGUUAAGCUUUACAAGAAGACCACGGGACAAGACACCAAGUUACACAUUCUAUUUGAUGGAUUUAGGUUUUAUGAACGAGUAUCUGCCAGGGAGUUGGAUAAGGCAGCUGGUGUCCGGGGUGGUAUGAUGCUGAUUCUUUACUGUACAGCUGCUCUCUUUCUAUUCCAACUCUUAGAGAGACCCAGGUUUCAAUUUCUCUCUUCCUUUUCUGGUCAAUUCUUUUUUUUUUUCUUCCUGUUUUUCUCUAUGAAGCACGGACACUCUAGUCCCUUGCCGUGUCCGACACGCGUCCGUAUCAAUGUCCGACACCGACACGAGACCCGUACUACGUUCUAUAUUUUGAACAUUACAGGUGUCCACAUAUCCGUGUCUGUGUCGUGUCCGGUGUCGUGUCGAUGCUUCAUAGGUUUUUCUUCUAUGCUCCCCUUGCAUUUUCCUUAUCAUGGAUAGAUGCUUUCUUUCUAUUCAUUUUCUUUUUUCUUUGUAAGUAAAAUACAUUCUUGGCGUUUCAAAAAGUUUUAAAAUGUUACUUU